CGGGAGACUGAGCGUAGGCCGGAGCCCGAGCGCCGCGCCGCGCGCCAUGGCCGACCGGCCCGCGGGCCCGGCGGCCGGGGACUGGGAGAUCGACGUGGAGAGCCUGGAGCUGGAGGAGGACGGCCGCGGGCCGCCGCCGCCUACGCCGCCCGGGCCCAGCCCGCCGUCGGCCGACGGGGACGGCGAGGACGACGAGGACGAGGACGAGGACGAGGACGACGACGCGGAGGAUGAGGGCGACGGCCUGGAGGCGGGCGCUUCCCCGGGGGUGCAGGGCCGGCCGGAGCAGCAGCGGGGAGCGCCGCGGGGGCCGACCCCCGCGCCGCAGGCCUCGCCGGCGCCGGCCGGACCCCCGGAGCGCGGCGCGAACGCGGGCGGCGGCGCGGAGCCGCGCAAGCUCAGCCGCACGCCCAAGUGCGCGCGCUGCCGCAACCACGGCGUGGUGUCCUGCCUCAAGGGCCACAAGCGCUUCUGCCGCUGGCGCGACUGCCAGUGCGCCAACUGCCUGCUGGUGGUGGAGCGCCAGCGCGUCAUGGCCGCCCAGGUGGCGCUCCGGAGGCAGCAGGCCACCGAGGACAAGAAGGGGCUUUCCGGGAAACAGAAUAAUUUCGAGCGCAAAGCCGUGUAUCAGAGGCAAGUCAGGGCACCCAGUUUGCUGGCCAAAAGCAUUUUAGAAGGCUACCGCCCAAUUCCAGCAGAGACUUAUGUGGGAGGGAGCUUACCCCUACCUCCCCCGGUAAGUGACCGGAUGAGGAAAAGGCGAGCCUUUGCUGAUAAAGAGUUGGAGAACAUUAUGCUGGAGAGAGAAUAUAAAGAGAGGGAGAUGCUGGAAGCUUCCCAAGCUGCUGCCUUGUUCCUGCCCAACCGUAUGGUGCACGGACCUGAAUAUAACUCCUACAAAAGUGCCUAUAGCCCCGCCCCAGUGGAGCCUCCAAACAAAGACUUCUGCAAUUUUUUGCCCACCUGCCUUGAUCUAACCAUGCAGUAUUCAGGCUCUGGGAAUAUGGAACUCAUCUCUUCCAACGUCAGCGUGGCUACGACUUACAGACAGUAUCCCUUGUCCUCAAGAUUUUUAGUUUGGCCCAAGUGUGGCCCCAUUAGUGACACUCUUCUUUAUCAGCAAUGCCUGCUAAACACCACCACCUCGGUUCAAGCCCUGAAACCCGGGGCCAGCUGGGACUUGAAGGGAGUGCGAGUCCAGGAUGGCCUUGUCGCAGAGCACGACAUGGUACCACCCAAACUAGAAGGCUCGCUGGUGUCGCCUCAUGCUGCAGAGGUCCAGACCUCGAGAAGUGACCUUCAUGGUCACCAGGCUGUCCCUGAGAGGUCUGCGUUCUCCCCACCCCAACGGAAUUUCUCUCCCAUUGUUGACACGGACUCCCUGGCGGCUCAAGGGCACGUCUUAACCAAGAUCAGCAAAGAAAGCACCAGGCACCCUGUGCCACUUAAACAUAAUCCAUUCCAUUCAUUAUUCCAGCAAACUCUUAAUGACACAUCAGGCCCUGAGCUGAAAACGCCAUUUGUCAAAGGGGCCUUUGAAGACGCCCCUAAGAAGCCCAGAGAGUGUUUAGUCAAGGAGAACCAGAAGUACACAUUUACAAUAGAUAGAUACGCGAAAGACCUUUUCGUCGCCAAGCAAGUUGGAACAAAACUCUCUGUGAAUGAACCCCUGUCAUUUUCUGUCGAGUCUAUUCUGAAGAGGCCUUCAUCUGCCAUCACUCACGUCUCUCAGUGAAAGGCUGCUUACACAGAAAGCUGGAUUUUCUGCCAUCUUGGAGGGUUCCUACCAGUGGCGAAUUUUUUUUUUUCUUUUUUAAGAAGAAGGGUUCACAUGUUUGUAUAAAGAAAUUUCUAAUGUAAAUGGGGAUGAUUUAAAAAAAUUAUAUAUAUUCAUAUGCAUGUACUUUUUCUCACCACAUAAAUAUAUUUAAAGAUGGAAAUUGCUUAUGUGCAAACUGUAAAGUUCCAUGCUUUACACAGCAUUUCAAAAAGCAAUAAAGUUGACACUGUCUUCUAAAAAGACCCAGUGUUUGCAGAAGUACCUAGUUGCCUUUGUCUAGGUGAAAAACUAGUGUCUGUGAAAUGUUUUCUUUAUUUUUCUAGGAUUUGGUGU